CUUUUGUUUAGCUUCCUUUCUGCCCAUUAAACAUUGAAAAUGGCAGAUUAGAAAUCAUCGUUUCCCCUCCAAAGGAAACACUCAUCAUUGCUCCCAACAAUUCUUUUCCUACCUUAGAAACCUGAGCUUCUAAGAAUACUUUCAUUCCCUUCCUUUUUAUUCUUCAACAAUAUAAAUAUAACUCUCUUCAUAAUCUUUUUUCUCCCUCUUCUCUCAAAGUCUAUUAAUUACUAUUCCAAAAGAGAUCCUUUCUUUAUGAUGGAUCCUUCUUCUACAAACUCUGUGAAUGGAUUUUACUCUUUUCUAACAAGAGGGAUUGAUGAUCUUGAAAGAGUUUUCUUGUCUAACAACUUCAUGUCUAUUCAAUUCCUUCAAAGGGUACUUUCCCUUUUGAGAUCUUUCCAUACACAGUUAACACUUCUUGUCCAAAAACUUCACUUGCCUGUUGGUGAAAAGUGGCUUGAUGAAUACAUGGAUGAAAGCUCUAAGCUUUGGGAAGUUUGUCAUGUUCUUAAAACUGGUAUUUCUGUCAUGGAGAAUUACUAUUCUGCUGGUUUUAACCUCAUUUCUAAUCUUGAUACGCAUCCCCACCUCAGCCCUCAAUUAUCUAGACAGGUGAUUAGAGCAAUAACAGGGUGCAGAAGAGAAGCAGUGGGAUUAGAGGAAGAGAACAGAGCAUUAAUGGAAACAAGAGUUGAGCCACUUUCAUCAUUAAGGUUUGAUGAAGUUGUUUCAGUUGAAUCAAAGCUAAAUGGAUUCAAUGGAUUUAGAGGAGUUCUAUAUGCAAUGAGGAAUGUUAGUUCACUUUUGCUAAUGAUCUUGCUCUAUGGAUUAGUCUACUGUUGGCCUGAAUCAUCAUCAGAAUUUUUAAGAGGGGGUGAAUAUCAAACAGGUUUGUUUUUUGGAUCAAAUUUUAUGAUAUCAACUUCAAGAUUGCAACAAAGAGUAGCUUCUGAGAUUAAUAAAAAUGGGGUUUUGUUGUAUGAGUUUAAAAGAUCAAGAGAAGUUAUGGAUGAACUUAGAGGAGAAUUGGAAAAAAGAUGUUGUGGAAGUAGUAUAGUGGAUUGGGAAACAGAAAGUGGAGUAAGGGAAAGAGUUGAUAAUUUGAAAGGGUAUUUUGGGGUUUUGAGAUCUGGUACUGAGAAUAUUAUUGGACAAUUGGAUGAUUUUUUUGAUGAAAUUGUUGAAGGAAGGAAGAAGCUUUUGGAUUUCUGCAGCCAUAGGUAGAAGAAAAAGCAAUGUUUGGGAAGGAAAAGAAAAAAAAAUAUAAGUAGGGAAAUCUGUAGUUGUUGGUUGUACUUUUUGUUGGUUUUAACUUCUUCUUUUUUUUUUCUUUACUCUCUUUUAAUCUUUUUUCCUUUUAGGAUUUUCUUGGGGGUUUAUUCCUUUUUCUUUUAAUGUGUAAUUUGUAAGGUGUUGUAGU